AGUGGCGUAUUAAUACAAACGGAAGGAAAUUAUUUUCUGAUUCCUCCAUAGUGGAAAAGACAAUUUUACUGUCAAUAUAAAAAUUAAAAAGCUGCUGAUACUUUGAUAUUUCUCAGAUGAAUUUUACAACUCGAAAGAAUUUUAUUUGUAUGCAAAUCGAUUAAAAUCGUGUCUAAUAAAUCGAUAUAUUUCGUCUGCGUAACAGUAAAAAAACAGGUAAAAUAUUUCACUCAUAUUAAGGCCUAUUCUAUUCAUAUAUGAAACAACGUUGUGACACUCAAAUAUAUACUUUCACUAAAAUGAUGAUCUAUGUAUAUUAAGUGUUGUUCAUAAAAUUAUUCACUCAGUAUUGAAUAUUCGACAUUUUAUUGUCGUUUUUUACACUAUAAUUGAAAUAUAAGAGACUUUUUGUUCACAUCAAAAGAGGAAGGGAUAUGUCUUCUUUUUCGCUGAACCUCCAUGACGCAAAAUCUCAAAAAGCAUUGUCUGAUUUGCAAGAAAACGAAAUAAAAAUGCUCGAUGGAUUUAGAAAAUUUCUAAUUGAAAAACUAAAAAUUGAAUCUACCUAUGCAACAACCAUGGACAGUCUAAUUCUUUCGACUAGUAAAACAUUAAAUGCUUGCAAAACUGAUACCAAAAUCUUUCAAGUUUUAUCGCAGAUUUUGGAAGCCAAUCGUAAUCUUAUUUGUAUUCUUAAAGAACGAUGUGAAAAACUCUCGACAGAAACAUUAAAAAAAAUUGUUCAAAUUAGCAAUGAUAAGAAAGCUUUGAGGAAAAAUUUCCAGGAAGAAAAAAAUCGAUUAGACAGUUUAGAAAAGACAGCACAAAAUGAAUUAAACCUAUCACGACAAGCAUACAAGCAGUCAAUGAAAGCAUACUUAAAUGAAAAGUGUAAAUUUGAACGGGAAUGUGCAACCUCUAAAGACUAUUCGAACUCUAAAGAGAAUAAAAUUAAAACAUUGUAUGAUAAGUAUUACUCAUCGGCUGGCAAACUGCACAAUUCUCACAACAACUAUGUUUUGUCUUUAUCGCAAUUACAAGAAAAACAAAAGCUGGUACAUGAAGUUUGUUAUCCGGCUCUUUUAGAUUGUCAACAAAGUCAAAUGGAAAUUGCAGUGCACCAGUGGAGUGAUAUAUUAACUGAAUAUGUGGAAACUUCUAACAUGACAGAUAGAAAUUGUCAAAAACUCUAUAGUAACCUAACUUCUAGUUUUUUUGAUAUUAGACCAAAGUCAGAAUAUGAAAAUUUUAUCAAUCAGAACAAAUCAAAUCCUGAGAGCAUAAAGUCAAUAUUGUUCGACGAAAGCAUUUUACAAGAUUAUCAAGGUGACUUACAGAUGGAACAGCUAAGAGUUGAUGUAGCCACUAUAGACGAUUUAAAAUCACGGCUAGUGGGGUUCGAAGAUGAGAAGGCUAGUCACGAACAAAGAAGAAAGGUAUAUGAUACUGAAAUAAGUGACUUACGAGACAGAAAAUACAGGCGAACAUUACAAAGACGAGACGAAGAAGAAAACGGAGAGGCGUAUGAAAUUGAUCGAAAAAUUAAAAUCCUUGAUAAGCAAGUAAAAGAAGAAGGUGGUCUUAUUGAUAUGAAUUAUAUAUUAUACCAAAAAAUUAAUAAAAGUAUACGAUCGUGUACGCAACAUUGGCCUCAUACCAUAAAGGAAUUACAAGAUGUGCUACCCAAGAGUAUAGAAAUAUCAAAUUCGACUCAACAAGAAGGUGCUGUACCCAAUACCCCAAGCAAUAGCAAAAUGGGUUUGUUACAAAGACUAGAAAACAUUCUUAGGAAGCCAAAAUCAGUCCAAAAAGAAAGUGCAGAUAUAGAAGAAUCAGAAGAUGAGUCAUAUGCUCCUCAAGAUGACGUUGAGCAUUUGUCCUAUUAUCAUGGUCUUUUACCGAGAGCACAGGCUCAGGAAUAUUUAGAAAACGAUGGAGAUUAUCUUUUAAGAUUCAAGGCGGAUGAUAAUCACCCCACACAAUAUGUUUUAUCCGCCAAACAUAGAGAUCGACACAAGCAUUUCGUUAUACAAGUUUCAAAAAACAGGAACUAUAAAUUGGAUGGACCAGAAUUUUCAACUAUUCACCAAUUGGUAAAACAUUAUGAAAAAAACAAAAUACCAGCUACUGAAAAAAGUGGUGUCAUUUUACGUCGUGCAGUCGAUAAACCUCAGUGGUCUAUUAACAACGAUGACAUUGAAAGAGGAGACAAGAUAGGAUCUGGAAACUUUGGUGACGUUUAUAUAGGAAAAUAUAAAAAGACAAAUCAAGAGGUUGCUAUCAAAACUUGUAGGUUUGAUGUACCAGCAGAGGAGAGGGCCAGAUUUCUUAAAGAGGGAUUAAUCCUGAGUAACUACGAACACCCAAAAAUUGUAAAAUUUAUUGGAAUAGCCGCCACACGUACUCCUAUGAUGAUAGUUAUGGAAUAUGUUCCAAAUGGUGCUUUAAGGGACUACUUAAUGAAACAUUAUGAUUUAAAAAUUAAAAGACUUGUUCGAAUGUGCUGCGAUGCUGCUGAGGGAAUGAACUUUCUCAGUCGUAAAGGAAUAAUACAUCGAGAUUUGGCUGCCAGAAACUGUUUAGUCGAUAUUGAUGAAACAGUGAAAAUAUCUGAUUUCGGAUUAUCUAGAAAAGGAGAUGAUGAGGGGACCUAUCAAAUUAUUGAAAAUAGAAAAAGAUCUUUGCCACUCAAAUGGACAGCCCCUGAAGGGCUUGAAAAGGGAUCCUUUACAACAAAAAGCGAUGUAUGGAGCUUCGGAGUUUUGAUGUGGGAGAUCUUCUCCUUCGGAGAAAUGCCUUAUCCGAAGUUGGAUAGUAAUAACAGGCCCAUUAAAAAUUUACAUUUAUCUGGUCAAGAAACAAAGGAUUUUGUUUUCCAGAAAAAAACAAUGCAGCCUCCUCCAAAUAUGUCUCAGGAGAUGAAUAAACUUAUGCAAAACUGCUGGCAAUAUGAACCUGAAGAUAGACCAGAAUUUGAACGAAUAAGCCUUGCUUUACACGUUAUUUAUAAGGAAUCUUAG